UACUAUGGUUUAUAAAAGACUAUUAUUUGUGACUCACCGUCGUCUUCACAUUCCUCAACUCAUCACCGUAGCACCGUGACAGAACACCGGACCAAGCAAAGUAUGAACUGGGCUGAGGAGUUAAUUUGGAACAUUCAGCAGGAUGGAUGGCCUUUGGAACAAUAUGUGGAGGAGGUCCUGAGUGUUGUACAUCUGAGCCCGCUCGCUCCAUUCCACCCAUGCUUCCCCAAGUUCUCCCAAGUUCGGCUUCAGUUCUCAGCCCAGAUACAGUGACAGCUCCACUGUCAAGCCCACCGGCUGAUUCACUCCCAAGCCCUAUGAUGACAGCAGCUAUCUCCUUCACCUCAGCCCAAAAGAGGAGAAUGAGGAGAAAGAGACAGAUGGCUCGAGCGCCAGACCAGAGUCGAGAGAUGGCUCGAGCGCCAGACCAGAGUCGAGAGAUGGCUCGAGCGCCAGACCAGAGUCGAGAGAUGGCUCGAGCGCCAGACCAGAGUCGAGAGAUGGCUCGAGCGCCAGACCAGAGUCGAGAGAUGGCUCGAGCGCCAGACCAGAGUCGAGAGAUGGCUCGAGCGCCAGACCAGAGUCGAGAGAUGGCUCGAGCGCCAGACCAGAAACGAGAGAUGGCUCGAGCCCCUGACCUCGCUGUUCUCGUGUCCAGCCCAGGGAGGGCCUCAGAUCCCAGGUCAGGCCCAGGAGAGCCUCCUGUUCCCACGUCAAGCCCAGAGAGGGCCUCGGAUCACGAGUCUAGCUCAGAGAGGGCUCUAGAUUCCACGUCAAGCACAGAAAGGGCUUCUGUCCUCACGUCUGGCCCAGCGGAGUAUUGGGGGCGUGGUGUGGGGUUGAGAGACAAUCAUGAUUUUGUCUGA